AUGCAUCAUGGAUACCAGACUCACUUCCCUCUUCAAUCGCUUUCCACAAGUUCGGACGCUACCUCGUUGCCGAUCUCUCUUUCAUUCAGACGGUCGGAUGCUGGCUCCCCGGAACAAUCACUUCCAGCUAUUCAUCCACUUUACCAUGGCUCUCCUACGGAGCCCUCUGGUGGAUCUCAUCCGUUUCAUCCGGCCUCACCUCUGUUGAUGGACAGACCAGUUCAUUGGUCGCCCGGAAAGCCAUCAACUGAAGCAGAUGCUGCCGACCAGUGCAGGCCAAACGUCCUGCCACCUCCCUAUUCGGCCGUCUCUUCUGCUUUUGACGCUGCAGCGGCUGAACCAAAUAUUCAGCCACCUUAUUCGCCUGCCCCACCUGAGUGUAAUUUCUAUUCUGUGCCUCAAUUGUCACCAUCGCAAGAGCCAGCUCACUUGCUUCCAAGCUCUACUCAGAACAACUUGGAUUCCUGCAUCGACCACUCGACACAACUGGAGGUCCCGCCAUCUCAUCAGAGGCCUGAAAUCUCUUCAAUAUGCAGUCAGUCGCAGCCGCCAGUUCCUAAUUCUUGUUAUUCUCAUGUGCUAGCGUCAAACGAUGGCGUUGAAGAGGGCGUAAACAAUCCAGCUUUCACACCAUAA